GCAGCUUGAUUAGAGGAGAGGUAAUUAAUUUUUAUACAAAAAUUAAUUUAAUAACUUAUUAGACAUUAAAAAUUUGAUAUUGUUUAAUGAUGUUAUGUAAAGGUUACCUGGAAUCUAGACACACUUGGCGAUUUUGUAACUAUGAGAAGUAAUGGAGAACCCGUUUAUAAUUUUUGUGUCACAGUUGAUGAUGCCACCAUGACAAUAACACAUGUUAUAAGUUAUUCCAACGGGAUUUUUAGCGGUGGAUGGGGCUUCCUCACGUUUGGUGGCAAUGCUACACCUCAAUCAGGAGUGUUGAUCGGGAAACAAUCAGCUCACUAUUUUACAAGAGGUUUUGGUAUUACUCUAUUUUUUCCAUUUGGAGCAAUAAUAAGAAGAAGACAUCGAUGUGGUUAGUUUUUUUUUAAUAAAAUUGAUGCUAUGGUGCUCAGAUUAAUAUAAAGCUUCUAUUCUUUUUUCAAAUAUCUAUAAUUUUUCAUGUGA